CUUCCAUAAUUUCCCAAAGCCAGGCCAAUCUUGAGCCAAUAGAAGGAAGUACUACCUUUUCCUUCAUAAUUUGUCAUACAACCUUGAGGAAUUGAGACAUUUGCUAUGAAUUUGUUGGUAUACGUGAGACUUUCAUUAUGUGUCUAAUAGAUUUGAUAUCAAUUUAAGAUAUCAACUUGUUAUACAUAGGAUCCCACAGUCCAUAGCGGGACUGGAUGAUGCUGGAAUGGAUUUGCAAUCAGCUGAACUCGGUACCCGAGCCGGACAGGCGGUACACCCGGCUGCGGAUUUAUCAUGGCUAGACUGGCAAUUGCCUUUAUUUAUAGCACUUUGCGCCAUCAGCGGCGCCAUUCUCUUCACAUUCCUCGCUCUGUUAUGGCUUCGGAGACAAAUGUCGCGUGAAAAGGACAGAGAGGAUGGUGAUAGGAGAGGCCUGGUAGAAGAAGGAGCUGUCGGCCACGCGGAGAAGUCGGUGAAACCUGCGGCUACGUCGAUCGAAUGGGUUCACUCGAAAAAACCAUCCGCGCCGUCUGCCAGGCCUGUUCAGGCUUCAGGCUUACCAGAAGUAAGCGCGAUUACAAGUGUUCUCACUUAGUCAAUCCUUUUAACA